GAUUAUCCACGGCUGCCUGGACCAUGCCGAGUGUCUCCUGCUCCCAGAUUGUGCUGCUACUCCUGUUGCUGAGAGGUACUGAUAAGAAUUCUGCUCAGAGAGACUGCGGCCGCCCCGAAGUGCAGCACUCCUCUCGGAUAAUUGGGGGCCAGGAAGCUGAUGAAGGGGAAUGGCCGUGGCAAGCCAGCAUACGAAGGAACAGAGUACAUUUGUGUGGCGGAAGCCUGAUCUCACCCCAGUGGGUGGUGACAGCUGCUCGUUGCUUUACUGGACCACUGAUUCUAUCUGAGUUCCGAGUAAACCUGGGGGAAUAUGAGCUCCCUGCACCCCGAGCCAGCAUGGUCUCAUCCAGUGUCAGCAAGAUCAUAGUGCACCCUUAUUAUGCUGGAUCAGGGCUUAGUGCCGAUAUUGCACUGAUGAAGCUGGAGAAAGCAGUCGUUUUCUCCAGAACUACCUUGCCUGUCUGCCUUCCGAAAACUUUCGAGCCAUUUGCCUUCUACGAAGGGAUGGCAUGCUGGACUACUGGCUGGGGGACUGCCAUUCCAAAGGUCUCCAUUCUUGCUCGGACUCUGCAGGAGGUGGAAGUGCUGAUCAUAGACGCUGAAGUCUGUGAGGAUAUGUACCACAACAAUAGUGACAGCUACCCUUUGCCGGAUGGCUACAAGCUGAUCUACGAUGAUAUGAUCUGUGCUGGGUAUCCCCAAGGAGGGAAGGACACUUGCUUUGGUGACUCUGGGGGACCCUUAGUCUGCUGGCAGAAUGAUGCUUGGUUCUUGGUAGGAGUGGUAAGCAUGGGGUUUGGUUGUGGGCAUAGCUAUCGGCCCGGCAUCUACACCCGGGUCACUUCCUUCAUGGAUUGGAUUGAACACACCAUGACGCAGAACUCCACAGCCAAUGGUCCUGCCCCUUUGCCUGCUCUCUUGCUUGUGCCUCUUCUCCUGGCCUUGACAAGUAUCUGGUCGUGA